GACGCAUCUGCAGUCUAGGUCAACGCAAGGCAGGAUAAAAAAUAAAGAGGGAUAUAAACAAAAAACAACCAGGAUUUUUAAAACUCUGGAUUACUUGAAAAUGGCUGAAUUGUCUAUGCGUUAUUUGUAACACUUUUAAAGCUCAGGCUGGAUAUAUUUGGAUAGACAACUCCACAAUAUGAACUUCGGUCGCCGAUAAAGGAACCAAGCAAAAUAACUACUUCUAUCAAGAACAUCGCGCGUAUUAUUUCCGAAUCUUCCGCAUACAUAAUGGUAGGCUUAAGUUUACCACUUGAUAUUCAUAAGUAGUAUACAUGUUUUAUUUUGUUGCGCUCAAGCUUUUCUCUGGUGCCUGUUGACGAGGUGAUAUCUGUGGAUACUGGAGAAGCAGCUCGCGGGCUACCUGAUCUCUUCAUGCACAACAGCAAGACACAAGCUAAUGACACAGAAGCUUGUCGUGCUCACCAUUACGCUUUCUGGCAGAGUUGUGAGUUUUCUGACCAAGGUUCCGAAAUGUUUCUUCUAUGUGCGUUAGUCUAUUUCAGGUGCCUUUUUGACGCAUGAUUAGCCUAACUUAUUACGCAUUAGGCCUACUGAAGUUCUGAUGUUAGGCUGUUAUUAAACUGCAAAUCUGUUAAAUAUGUCCUAUAGUUUGUGUUUGAAAUUAUAACAUUGAACUUAAGUUGUUUAUUUCAUUGCUCGAGGCUGCGUUCUAAAACUGUUGUAAUUCAGCCGGUUGGCUAAGCCAGACCCAGGCUCAGACCUAGCCAAUAUGACUAUUAGUGGAGUGGACGUCCUGCAGGAAUCGCUAUGCCACGCUCCGUUUUAAAGGAGCAUAACCCAGCAUUGUCAGCCCCUAAUGCCCAAAUGUCUCCCCGCUCCAGUGUUGCUGCGUGACCCAGUCACAUGUCUAGAAUGAGCACGGAUCUAGAGCGUAUGUCGCUCAACUCCUCCUCCGCCAACUCGGUGGCCUCGAGUGCCCGCACGCUGUCAGCCAAUGUCAAGAAGCUGCACAACGCGCUCAACCUGCUGCUCAACGAAUUGGAGCGGGAGCAGUUCAUCCACUGCCUCAACGUGUACCACUCCAAGCGUAAUGUCUACGACCUGGUUCAAACACUUAAAGUCAUCCUCAAUGCGCCCAGCAAACGCCAACUUCUGCCCAUGCUACGACAGGUCAUUCCCCGCUCAGACCAGCUUUUGUUUGACCAGCACACCUCGGAGGGCCUUUACUUGAAAUCGGAUUUACUUGCCAGAAAUGGGAGCGCAGAAGCGUUGGGCGAAGUUCCCAGUGGGAGUCCAACUCCUCCUGGGCAUUUCUUGCCAACCCCUCCCGGAUCACAAGUUGCGAUGCGCGGCUCUCCGGAUAGUUUCAGCACCAGCAGUGAUGGGACAGCUCCCCUCGUCCCGCUGCUCGGGAGAGGCUUUCUGCACGAGCCUCCAGGAGAGGUUCGACAAGUGACCCUGAAACGGCACAAGAGCAACGAGGGCUUGGGUUUCAGUAUCCGCGGAGGAUCGGAGCACGGGGUCGGGAUCUAUGUGUCUCUGGUGGAGCCGGGAUCCCUUGCCGAAAAGGAGGGACUAAGGAUUGGGGAUCAGAUUAUGAAAGUCAACAACACAGUGUUCGAUAAAGUCACUCAUGCUGAAGCAGUGAAGGUGUUGAAGGGCAGUAAGAAGCUGUCCCUGUGGGUGCGGUCGGUGGGGCGUAUCCCGGGGGGUUAUGUCACUAAUCAUGUGUACACCUGGGUGGACCCUCAGGGUCGCAGUGUGACCCCUCCCCCUGACCUCCCAGAGCACCGCAGUGCCACCCUGAGACGCAAUGACAGCCAGCGACGCAGCAACAUGCAGCUACUGCAAGAGGGAGACGAGAAGAAGGUGAACUUGGUAUUGGACGAUGGCCGUUCGCUGGGUCUGAUGAUCCGGGGUGGGGCAGAGUAUGCCUUGGGGAUCUACAUCACAGGAGUGGACCGGGGCUCUGCUGCAGAGUGUGGAGGACUCAAGGUGGGUGACCAGAUCCUGGAGGUGAACGGGCGCAGCUUCCUGGGCAUCCCACACGACGAGGCGGUGCGCAUGCUCAAGUCGUCGCGCCACCUGAUGAUGACGGUGAAGGAUGUGGGGCGCCUGCCACACGCCAGGACGGUGGUGGGGGAGACCAAGUGGAUCACUAGCUCCCAGAUAGCAGAGAGCUCCGCCAGUGGCAGCGUGGCUGGCUUGUCCAUGGACCAAGGAGCCUCUGCAUCAGGAAAGCCGGUGUUCUAUAAGGGUGUGGCGGGCUCCCAGGUGACCCUGUCCAGCCUGGUGAACCAGAGCAGAGCCAUGCUGGAGGAGCAGGCCCGACACCUGCUGACGGAGACAGAGAGGCAGACCAUGGGCUACUACGUGGAGGAGUACCGAGACGGACACAUAGGGGUGGAGCAGCUGGUCAUGGCCCUGUUUGAACUGCUCAACACACACGCCAAGUUCUCCCUGCUAUCAGAGGUGCGUGGCCUGGUGACACCCCAGGAUCUGGAGCGUUUUGAUGGGAUGGUGCUGCGCCGCGAGAUCCAGGCUUUGAAGGCCCGGCAGGGGGGUGCCAGUGCAGCCGCCCUCCACCCUGACUCACUCUCCAUGGUUUCCUACCCAGAUACCCUGGCCUCCUCGUCAGCCAGCUACAUGACCUCCACCACCCUCAGCUCAGCACGGAAUGACAGUACGGUGGAGAGUAAUGGGGGGGAUACUCAGGAGAGUCUGGAUGCGCUGCCUGACAUAUCUCUGGUGAGCCUUGCAGUAAGACCCAGACCCACAACCUCAUUAAGAUGGACAGAGCAGAAGAUGGAGGGUGCACUCCACGUCCGAAUCUCCCCCCACCUUCAAACCCCCACCCCCCCCAGGGGUGCAGAGACGCCCCAGCAGACGGGACCAGGUCAAAAGCUUCCCUCCUCCGAAUCUUCCCAUUCCGGGCUCUACUUCACCGCCCCCUCCCGUAACCCCCCCAUUGACCAGAAGGGGGAGCAAGGACCCCCCUCCUCACCCAAGGUCCCCCCCAAAAAGGAUCCCUCAGUCCCCCCUAAGAGGGACCCCUCUGCCCCCUCUAAGAAGGAGAUGGCAACUGCCCAGCUCUCCAUGGUCAACAAGCACCUUAUAGGCCCCUUCCCCCGAGUCCAGUCCCCUACUAGGACCACCAAGCCUGCCGCCCCCUCUCCAUCUCCACCCCCUCCGCCGCCGCUCACUGCCCCAUCCGCACCCCCUCCGCCGCCGCUCACUGCCCCAUCCGCACCCCCUCCGCUUCCCCACAGCCAGGACAAGUCCUCCCCUGGCUCCAACAAACAGCACUUUGUCAUGGUGGAGGUCCAUAGGCCCAAUGCAGAGUCUGAUGUCAACGAGGUGCGGUCACUCCCCCAGGCACGAGGUGCCAACCUGUCCCAGCUGUCAGACAGUGGACAGACGCUGAGCGAGGACAGCGGGGUGGACAUUGGCGAGUCAGGGCGUUUCAGCAAGGAAAGCAGUCCCCGUCCCGCCCGCAUACGCCCCCCACGACAUCCCCAGGGGGCAGGAGGGGACACCCCCUCCAAACCGCCGGGUCUCUUGGAGCCCACCUCCACACUAGUGAGGGUGGCAAAGAGUGCCAGCACCCUCGGCAUCGCCAUCGAAGGGGGUGCCAACACACGCCAGCCCCUGCCACGCAUCGUCACCAUACAGAGGGGCGGUUCGGCGCAUAACUGCGGGCAGCUGCGGGUGGGUCAGGUGAUCCUGGAGGUGAACGGGGCUUCCCUGAGGGGCCGGGAGCACAGGGACGCCGCACGCCUCAUCGCAGAGGCCUUCAAGACCAACGAGAGGGACCACGUGGACUUCCUGGUCACUGAGUUCAACGUGGCGCUAUAGGAGGAAGUAGAGAGAGAGAGAGACUUGUCAUGGAGAAAGAAGGGACGAGGUAUAGGCACAGCAGAGGUAGAGAGGAGAGGGGGGCUGUUGGGGCAAAGUGGCAUAGGCCUACAUACUGUAUUUUACAUGGGUUCAUCUACCAACUACCCUUGGUCCCUCCACCUUAGUAUCCUUCAGUUUAAUUCAAGCUUAAGCCCACACUACUAGACGCGGAUACAGUUGCACUCUAAGUUGAGUUGCACCCAUGAGAUUUCGGUAACACUUUACUUGACAGCCAGUUUCAUGACACAUUCAUAACCAUGUCAUAAUAUGUCAUAACAGCUGACAUGACUUGUCAUAACACUGUCAUAAUAUGGUCAUAACACUGUCAUGACCCAUACAGUUACACAUGUUGUGAUAUAUAUUGUGUUGUUUUAUGGCUGGUUAUAAGAGUGCCAAAACCCACAUUUAUUCAAAUUAGUUUUUUUCCCUGCCAAGAAGUUUCCUUUCGUUUGAAAGUUUGUUUCUGAAAUCCUUUGUUUUAAAAUAACUUUAUGGCACUGUCAAGAAGCAUUAUGACCAGCCUGUGUCACUUUACUUGGAACUGAGAAAAUACACUUUAUGACACUGUCAUGAAGCAUUAUGACCAUCAUAAUCAUAUCAGCCAGAUAGGCCUAUCACGUACAUGCCCUUAUAUCAGUCAUCAGUCACAAAGAGGGUGCCUUGUCCUGCUGCUGAAAUCUGCUCCUUCAUUCAUCCCCGUCAUCAGCAACAGAACAUUGGGGUAGGUGAAUGUCUGACAUCAACAUGUUUGCAAUAACAAUGAUCAUUUAAAAGCAAAAUAUAUAAACUCAGCAUAAAAAUAAACGUUCUCUCACUGUCAACUGCGUUUAUUUUCGGCAAACUUAACAUGUGUAAAUAUUUGU